AUGUCACACGAUCAAGAGCACAACUCGGACCCUGAUGGUAGCCGAAGUGGCUACAUAUUAGGAAACGACUAUGCGCCAGCCUACGUCUCCAAGUGGUCCCGAGAACUGUCUAAGGGCUUCGAUAAAGAUCAUGGCUUCAGUGACCAUGUCCUGCGUCACAUGAACUGUAGUUACUUCUCAACUACGGGCCAGGCGCCGACUUUGUUGUCCCUGAAGCAGCAUGCCCAGUCUCUGGCACACGCCAUCACAAUUCUGAGCCCUUCUGCGCAGGUGGCUGCAGGUCUAGUCGGCGAGGGCGACGCGAACGCCCAAUCAGAAUCUUCUAAUGAGCAAAACCAUCCAAUUGCUCGGCACGAGGCCAUGGACUUCCUCGCCUCGCUGACGAAGCCUUACAGCAACGACGACCCGGACCAUCACCGGCGGCUGAACAGCCUGCUCAACGAGGUCAGCGGCGGUCACGACAUCAUGGGCACCCAGUACCACUGCCCGGUGGCAGACUGCGACGCUCCGAGGGACCCCGAGGAUGGCAACGGCCCGCCGGAUCGUGUCAUGCCUUACGCGAGUCAUCACAACCUGCUCAUGCACGCCAACGCAUGCCUCGAGCGGCUCGACCACGAGCUGAGCGCGCAGGGUGGCAUCCUUUCCGUCCUGCCGCAAACGCACUCGCCACACGAGGCGGAACAGCUGCGCGCGGCGCGCAACACGCUCCUCGGCCAGCUUCUCACCUUUGUUCAGGCACUGGUGGGCCGCAUGCACGAGCUGGAGCGCCAGUACGCAAACAUGGCCGACGUGCUGGCCGGCGCAGCAGUCGUACCGCGUCAGCAGCUUUCGGCGGUGGGCGUGGACGGGCGCGCCGCUGGGGCGCCUAUCGCGUACCCACAGGACCGCUGGAUCUUGGCAAACGCAGGUGAUGAAGUGCUAAACUAUGUACACGACCUUCUCGACAGGCGUGAGGCCAAGCUGGUGGAGAAGGAGCAUAUCUGGGAAAAGGCUGGCGUGAUGGGGACGAGAGUUUUGGACGAGAAUCACAGUGAUACCGACGACGAGAGUCACGAUGAUGACGGCGAGAUCAGCGGCCAGAAGCGCAAAGGUCGGGGCAUUGCGUACGUCGACAUCACCACUCGAUACUACCGGGCUCGAGGCCGUACGGCGGGCGAGAAUGAUAAGGGAACCAUCUUCGUGGUGCCAGCAUGGAAGCAUCACCCGGCACUGUAUCACACGGCUGAGGUGGAAGCGCGCCCGACGGUGGUAACGGUGCCGGACCCUCACGUGCCGGACCGUAUUAGCGUGCUGCAGGACAAGUAUGAGAAGCGCAUCACCGAGGGAGCCAAGGCAGCAGACGAAAACAUACGACUGAGCAAGAUGUGCAAGACGCUCCAGGACGACGUGAAAUCUCUCACGGAGGAAGGGCUUCGCGCCAAGAAGAUGAAUGAGAUAAUGCAGGACCUGUUUGACAAGGACAACAAGGGGCUCGUGGACAAGAUAGCUCAGCUUUCUGAAGAGUGCAGGGUCGCCAGGGGGGAAAACGACGAGGCUGCGAUGCGCAUCUGGCGGGCCAACAAACUGUCAACUGAGUCACAACGUGCUCUUAGACGGGCACAGAAGCAGAUCAAUGAUUUGACCACUGAGUUGGACAAGACCAAGUUUGAGUACAAUGCUCUACGAAGGAAGGAUCGAAUGGUUGUCUGA